AUGACCCACAGCACUUCUUGCUCAGACCAGCUAAAAAAUAAACACAGCAAAAACCAGCUGAUUCAGGCACACUACCCAACCUCUCCUUCUAACUCCCCUCCAGAACCUCUGGAAGAUAUCAAAACCUUGCUAAAUAUGACUGAAAAUCAACAUCCAUUUGUGGAUGACUCCUUUCCACCAGUCCCAAAAUCCCUUUUCUACAACUCGUCAGAAAAGAAAGAGUCUCGGGUUACACAGUGGUUACGCCCACAUGAAAUUGUUGCAGAUUCUGACGCAAGAAAUGUGAAAUGGGCAGUUUUUAGAACACCAUUGCCUUCUGAUAUUUCUCAAGGUGUUUUAGGAAACUGUUGGCUGUUGAGUGCUCUUGCAGUGUUGGCUGAAAGAGAAAACUUGGUCAGGAAGAUCAUGGUGACGCGAGACUUUUGUCCAGAAGGUGUUUAUCAGGUUAGGCUGUGUAAAGCAGGUCGUUGGGUCACUGUACUUGUUGAUGACCUGCUUCCCUGUGAUCGCCGAGGGCACCUGGUAUACUCGCAGGCAAAGCGCAGACAGUUGUGGGUGCCUCUGAUUGAAAAGGCUGUUGCUAAGGUUCAUGGUUGUUAUGAGGCUCUUGUGUCAGGGCGUGCGAUUGAAGGCCUUGCAACAUUGACUGGUGCUCCAUGUGAAAGUCUCCCUUUACAGGCCUCAUCAUCACCUCAUGAAGAUGAUAUAGAUGAAGACCUAAUCUGGGCCCAGCUUCUAAGUUCACGAUCAGCAGGAUUUUUAAUGGGUGCUUCAUGUGGUGGCGGAAACAUGAAGGUGGUAGAUGAGGAAUAUAAAGCACAAGGACUGAGACCCAGACAUGCUUAUUCUGUUCUUGAUGUGCAAGACGUUGGAGGCUUUAGGCUGCUACAGCUGCGUAAUCCUUGGGGCCACUACUCUUGGAGAGGAGACUGGUGUGAUGACUCGAGUGUCUGGACGCAAGAGCUGAGGGAGAAGCUGAUGCCGCACGGGGCUGAUGAUGGAGUGUUUUGGAUAUCAUUUCAGGAUGUGCUGAAAUAUUUUGACUGUAUUGAUAUCUGCAAAGUUCAUAGUAAUUGGUCUGAAGUACGUGUGACUGGAACUUUGCCUUCAAUAGCUGAUCGACGGGCUUUGACACCUACCCUUAUUACAGUGCUAGAACCAACAGAGGUGGAAUUCUCACUUUUUCAGGAAGGACACAGGAAUUCAGAAAACUCUCAAAGAUCACCCUUAGACCUGUGUGUUGUGUUGUUCCGUACCUCUACAACAGCCACACCCACUGUAGGAGCAUUAGUAAAACACUCCAAGAGACAAGUGCGUGGUUUUGUAGGAUGCCAUGCUAUGUUGGAGCCGGGAGCUUAUAUGGCUGUUUGCUUAGCUUUCAACCACUGGCAUACAGGUCUAGAUACUUCUGAAGGAUACCCAGGCUAUGUUCUGGCCAUUCACAGCAGUAAGAGAGUUGCUGUUGAGCAGAUUACGGCCCCAGCAUCGCUUUUGGCUGACUCCCUUGUGAAUCUGUGUCUGGCCAAAGGACAGCGACAUGAAGGCAGACAAGGCAUGACCGUUUAUUAUCUCACCAAGGGCUGGGCUGGUCUGGUGGUGAUGGUGGAAAAUAGACAUCCAGACAAGUGCAUCCAAGUGAUGUGUGAUUGUCGAGAGAGCUACAAUGUUGUCUCUACCCGUGCUCAGCUUAAGACAGUUGACUCUGUGCCUCCUUUACAUAGACAGGUGAUUAUAGUUUUGACUCAGCUGGAGAGCAGUGGGGGGUUCAGUAUUGCACAUCGCCUCACCCACAGGCCGUCACACUCGCCUGGCCUGCAUGACUGGGGUCCACCAGGCACCAACCACGAACCUCCUAUCGAUGCUCUUACGCAUGGCCUUCAUGCACCCAGACCAAUUUGAGUGUAAACCAUUAUGAAAAAAAAAAAUUAUAAAGACAUAUAUGUGAUGAAGAUCCAACUACUGUAUGUAUUGUUAUUGCCCCAUGUAGUGUUAAUAAGAUAUAAUAAUGUACUGCACAUGUAUCGUUGUUUUGAGAAAUAAAGAUCAGGUCCCGAAA